AUGGUGCAGGUCCUGGAUGAUCAGCGACAGACAGAGCAUGAGAUGUUUGAGGUGCAGCUCCAGCCCCAAUGCAUGUCCUGCUACAACCAGUGCCUGCCAUACCAGCCCUGCAGCCUGGCCCUGCUGGCCAACAGCUACAAUGAGCCCUGUGUCAGGCAGUGCCAGGACUGUUCCAUUGUCAUCCAGCCCUCCCUCGUGGUGGUGACCCUGCCCGGCCCCAUCCUCAGCUCCUUCCUGCAGAGCACCACCGUGGGCUCCUCAACCUCCACUGCCGUUGGCAGCAUCCUCAGCUCUCAGGGAGUGCCCAUCAACUCCGGGGGCUUUAGCCUCUCGGGCACUAGCAGCCGCUACUGCGGCAGCAGGUGCCUGCCCUGCUAA